GGGGGGGGGGGGUGUUUCUGGUCGGCCUUGUUUUGAAAAUUAAUUUUGGAGCUAACAUUGACCAUAUAUUCGUGGAGUUUGAGGGUGAUUCAAAGGGAGUUAUGGGCAUGGUUCAAAACUAGGUUUGUAGGAGAGCAAUAUAGGCUUUGGAAUCACUGAAAAAGGAUUUGAAACAAAGGUGAAAUGGAGGUGUGAAGUUCUGUAGUUGAGCAGAAAAUUCUGCACUUAAGGAAAAAUGAUCAAAAGUUGAAGAUGAAGUGGGGAAGGGGACAUCAGUGGACUUCGACAACAAGUGUGGGCACGUCCAAGGUCCGAUUGAUCUCUGGUCGGUGCCAAAAGUUUUGUGACGUCCGUGCGAGGUCCCAAUAAAAUUUGAGGUCACUUUGAUACACGGAUCAAUAUGUGAUGUAAAAUGUCUGUUUUUCCUUCGGGGUCAAUUUGAUUUAAUUUUUGGGUGAUUUUUGCCAAAUAAAUUUUAUAUUCAUUUUUGCUUAGUUAAAUUGUUAAUUGAAAAAUAACAUCGUUUCUUUUUUGGUCAUUUUAUAUCCAAAUAUUGCAAGAGGUAGGGUUUCUCAAUUCCAAAUUAAGUGAUGCUUUUAAAUUAUUCCAUGUUAUUUAUGUUCAUUUGACAUGUUUUAAAAUUUAUGAUUGGGUGUUUUGAUAUUUGGUUCGGAUUCGGACACGGAUUAGGGUUUUGAGGGCAGUUAUGCACAAUUGUUUGAAAUGACCGUCUAGUUCGUAUUGAAUGAAAUGCUAAGAUCCUUUUAAACAAAAUAUAAGUGCACACAAGUCGGGUGGCAGAUGGUUUACGUAUCAAGUUGAGGUUGUAGAAGGUUUCUCAUUGAGUUCGUAAAUGCCUGGGUGGCCCUGUUUGUUUUCGGACUUGGGUACCAAAUUGAUUUUAGGGACAUAUCUUUCUUGGGGUGGAAGUCCCCUAAAAGGUUUAUUUGAUUGAUUUGGAUGAUCAUGUUGACCCUGAGUGGUUUGUUAGGAUGAUUGCUCACUGGUCUGACACUGUACAUGAUGUUCUGAAAUCUCCUUCACAGUUUUAUCUAGUUGUUACUGUUUUACAUGAAGUGAAGAUGUUCGUAUAUACGUAUGAAAUGCUUGUUUUGCUUUUGCUCAAUCAUGUCAAGGUAUGUCUUUUCAAACUCAUUUGCUUGGUAUUGAGUUAAUUAACUGAGCUGUUGAUGCUCACCUAUAUUAUUAUUCUUUUUUCAGAUUAGCAGGUAGCGUGGCAAUUCGUGAAUGAUUGAAUUACCUAUUUUGAGGGUUUUUAUUCUAAGUGUUGAAUAAUGUUGUUGAGACAUGUAAAUUGUAGUGAUCGUGAUGUACAUGUGUAGAUUGUAAUAAGUCUAUGACUGAGUCGUAUCAUAGUUGUGUAUGGUAAGUUGAUUUGUUGAGCUUAAUAGCAAACACUCGUUAUGUUUAUGGAUUUUGUAUCAGAGUUUGCUCAUUAUUUGGAUACUGCAUCAUUUAGUACAUACGAAGGUUAUUAGCGCUCUGAAUCUUAUGGAAAUGGAUUGGGGUUUUACAUAGGCUGCUUUACACUCUCUUAUUUAUAACUGGAUAGGAUAAUUACAAUAUUAUCCUACACUAAUUAAUCUUUGUAUAAUAUAUAAAAAUAAGACACUAACAUCUACCAGCAAUAAUUAUACACAAAUAAGACCUUUUACUUGGCAUAACAGGAGUGACCCUCACUGAUGUCCUGUGGCUGAGAAUAGGAACCGUAAAAUAAAUAAAUAGCUUGGCUAUCCAUGGUUGGAUUGGAAAGUGUGAUAAUGAUGAGUAAAUUCAUAGGCAAUAAGGUCCAUUAAUUAGCCAGGGAUGUGGAGGGAACUUUCACUUCUAAGGUUCAAUCACAGGUUGAUAUUAUUUUCUCGUUCUCUGCAGAAUAAUAUUGCUUAGGUUUUUUUAACAUUUUUUCAUGCAUCUAUUUUGAUGCAGUUGGCGUUGGCUGCUUUGCGCAGGUCAAAUGAGGUGCAAGGAGUCCUCGACUUUGAAAGAUACUUGAGGAGCAUUCUAUCUCGCCAGCAUCCUGCACUAACCAUUUUAGAACUCACUGCUUCUUUAAGUGCCAUAGAUUCUCUGGUGAAUAAGCUUGUGAUCCGUACGAAUGCUGAUAUGAAGCACAUUGAUCGAAAGCUCAAAUCAUGUCGGGAUCCUGGCUCACAUGAGAAGAGUAAAAAGCGGAAGCACCGGUCCAGAGGGAGUCCAAAUGAAUAG